GUAGGGCCUCCGCUUCCCGCACUUCGCGCUCUUCCCGGCCCGCCGCGACCGCCUCUGCCCGCGGAGCGCGGGGCUGCCGCCGGGGCGCGGCGCGGCGCGGCGCGGCGCGGGGCCGCUGCCCAUGGAGCCCCCCGCCCUCGCCGCCCUCCUGGCCUUCUCGGGGCUGGCGCUGAGCUGUUGCCGCGAACCCCUUCUCUCCGAAUGUUAUACAGCAAACGGGGCUGACUAUCGUGGCACUCAGAACCAGACCUCCCAAUAUGCAGGGAAACCUUGUCUUUUUUGGAAUGAGACCUUUGAGCAUCCUUAUAAUACUUUGAAAUAUCCCAAUGGGGAGGGAGGGCUUGGAGAGCAUAACUACUGCAGGAACCCUGAUGGAGAUGUCAGCCCAUGGUGCUACAUUGCAGAGCAUGAGGAUGGAAUUUAUUGGAAAUACUGUGAGAUUCCAUCCUGCCGAAUGCCGGGGAAUCUAGGGUGUUACAAGGACCAUGGAGAGCCACCACCUUUGACUGGCACCAGUGAGACCUCCAAUAAACUUACUAUCCAAACAUGCAUCAGUUCCUGCCGAAGUCAACAAUUUAAGUUUGCAGGAAUGGAAUCAGGUUAUGCUUGUUUCUGUGGAAAUAAUCCUGACUACUGGAGAUAUGGGGAGGCAGCCAGUACGGAAUGCAACAGUGUUUGCUUUGGAGACCAUACUCAGCCUUGCGGUGGGGAUGGCAGAGUCAUUCUUUUUGACACCCAUAUUGGUGCCUGUGGAGGGAAUUACACUUCUGCUACAGCUGUGAUCUAUUCCCCAGAUUUUCCUGACACGUACGGCACAGGCAAGGUCUGCUACUGGACCAUACAAGUUCCAGGAGCAUCUCGAAUCCACUUCAACUUUGCUCUUUUUGAAAUCAAAGAUGCUACAGAUAUGGUGGAAUUGCUGGAUGGCUAUACCUAUCAUGUUAUAGCUCGUUUUAAUGGCAAGAACCGGCCUCCCCACACCUUUAACAUCUCUUUGGAUUUUGUUAUUUUGUACUUCUUCUCAGAUGAAAUCAAUCAGGCCCAGGGAUUUGCUAUCAGAUACAGAGCUGUGAAGGACAAUGUGCAUCAAAACAAGACUCCAGUGAAUCAAACCCUUUCAGAGAAGACGAAUGAACAAGCAAAUCUCAGCAUCAAUGCAGCCCGGUCUUCAAAGAUACUUUAUGUCAUCACAACCAGCCCAAGUCAUCCCAGUAGCUCCAUGCCUGAGUGGACAAUAUAUAGUCUCACAGCACUGCUCAUCCUAAGCGUUACAGCCAUACUGGCAAAGGUAUUUCUCCACAUAACCAUGAGAUCCCAUCAGAUACCAUCUGCAACCGAAACAGAAGAUUCCAGUGAGGUUACUGCUGCUGGCGAGAUCUGGACUAUAUUUUACGAGCCAUCCACAUCGAUAUCCAUUUUCAAGAAAAAGCUUCGAAGUCAACAAGAUGACUGCAACCCGCUAGUGGGAAACUGAGGUGGCUUUUAUUUUACAAGUAUCGAUCUUCUUAAAAUCCAGGGUUUGGAGAGAAAGAAGAAAAGUCUGACAUGCACAACUGUUGUAAUCCCACAUGAUUCAGCAUACAGAAACGCCCCAACGACACUAGCAGCUGAGUGCCGACAGCUGGAGGGCACGGACACCUCAGGAUGUUAGAGUUUAUAGCAUUUUCUUCAACAAAUUGAAAAUACCUGCGGAAGAAGCAUUUGUUUGGCAUUGAUCUGAACGGCCCUCUGACCUCCUACCUAGCAGUUCCCUCAACAGGCUGGACAGGCUGCAAAUGUGACAUUGGCCACGGUUUUAGAAGCAACUGUUUUGACAUCAAAACCAUCAUGAGGAGCUGCCUCCUCAUAUACACACAUUCCAGCCCCUGCUCUGGCCCCCUCUUCACUCUGUUGUGUUGGUAUGACCGGCUGUGUGGUGGUGCAAUAAACUGACCAGGUUAAAAAUUACCAUCGCUUUUUCUUCCCUGAGUUACUUUUAACAGAGAUGAGUUCUCCGAUCUUGUAUAUUGGGCGGUUGGACAGAGAGGUGAGCUGACAGAGCUACGUGGUCAAUAAGCCAUAGGAAAAUGAGAGCCAUCUGCCCCAGAAGCAGGGGCAGCGAGCGCUUGCGCGGGCGCUGCCAGCCCAGCAACGUGCGAGACUGACGCCUUACUUUCUGCAGCGCGUCGGUUACAGUAGCCUGCCCUGUAUGUGGCACUCAGGUGGAAGGGGGCCAGCGGGACAAGCGGCCUCCCUAAUUCAAAAUCUACAUUUAAAACUAGUUUAGUUUGCUGACUGAAUGAUUUUAUAUGUACUUUUGUCUUAAUAUUGUUAUGUUGGGGGGAAAUAGAGACUGUGUUAUUUAAAAAUGUGUGAUAUGCCAUCAUAGUAAUAUAUAUAUUUAUAUAUGUAUAGGAAAUGCCAUUAUUUAAUACAGCGUAUUAUGCUUGUAUCUUGCUAACAUUUUAUAGGAAGAAAAGAUGUUAGUUUACACUCUGAGAAAAAUAAAUUUUCUAUACACUGUAACCAUAGAAAAAUAUCAAAGAUAAUUCAUUGGUAUGUAUAUGAUAGAACACCAAGAAGAAGGCAACUCAGACUCAGUUUUGUGGCAGAAUAGAUGCUGAUGAAACAACUGCUUUAAGAUGCACUUUCCUCCUUUGAAUCUCAUUUCUAGCUUGUAAUUGUAUCGGGCUGUUCUUCAGAUUCUGCAAAUUCACGUGCCUGUACUCUCAGGACCAUUUUAACAUCAAACGUGUCAUCUGCUGUUUUGAUCAAGCAUUAACAUCGUCUUUUUUAGGGCUUGUUUCUGCUAGAUUUUCUACAGCCAGUACAGUGCUGAGGAGGUUUAUCACAUUGCUCACACAGACAACCCAGUGCUAUUGCAGAAUUACAGUCUCUGUAUCCCAAGCUCCCCUGGCAAUAGUAUAAAUGGGAGAUUUUUACUAAUAGCCGUGGAAACUGUCCUGAAUCUGCAGCCUGUAUGACUACAGGCCAAACACGUCAGCAGACACUUGG